AUGGUUGCAACGUUCUUAUAUGGCAAAGAGAAAGGUUUGAUUGAUUAUUAUAUAUUAGAAGUGUAUAAUAAUAUGAACAUGGGAACAAAGGAUUUCAAUGAACUAUAUGGCAGCAGUUGCUCAAUGGGUUUGUCUCUGUCUCGUAACAUUGAAUAUCCCUCUGCAUCUAUUGGUUUUGGUGGCAUUAGAAAGGUUAAAGUCAAUCAAGCAGUAAAAAAUUCUUCGAAAGAAGAGCGAUGCAUGGGUUUCCAAUCCAGCAGCUUGCUGCUUUUUUCACCCCGAAUUGCUUCCAGAAUUGGAAGGACAUCGCAGCGCAAGCCAUAG